GAAGUCAUUGUGAUGAAACGGAAGUCAUUGUGAUGAAACGGAAGUCAUUGUGAUGAAACGGAAGUCAUUGUGAUGAAACGGAACACUAGAAUGGCAAUGCCGGCAAAAAUUUAAUGAUUUUCCGUCGGUGGAUCUUUGCUAUCAUUGUCUCAGUCUGGAGUGCUAUUUACUUUGCACUUCUAGGACACGCAGCCUCGACAGCCUCCGGUGCUGCUGCAACCACCGGUGGAAGAGACACGGAGAUUCAUCUCGACGAAAACAUGAACUGUGCACCGUCGAGGGAAAUGUUGGAAUCUGCUGUAAGACAGGUCCUCAUCUGUCUGUUAUUUUAUUAAGGGGACACAUUCGUACUGACAAAAUCAUAGGAUCAACUGCAGCAAUGAGUCUGGAGGGGGAAGCUACUACAACAGCACUGGAGAAGAUGUUCGGCAGUCGUCUUCACACCAUCAGACCUUCUCACUCCCUCAUCCUCCACUUUGCACCAACACACUGGGUUCUCCUUCCUUUGGAUUUACAGCAGCAGUGAGCGAGACCAGUGUGAGCCCCCGCCAGCGGCACGAGAACACGCACGACCGGGCUGAGAGACAGACCCAAGUGAGAGAAGAGACGUUGUCUGAUCCGCGGGGGUUGAAGCGCCCUGUGCAGGACUCAGCGCCCAGAGUUCUGAAGCUCUGCUGCGCCACAAACAGCUGUUCACCUGAUUCAUCAGAGUUCGGCUUCUCUGGGCAGUCUUGCAUUUGAAGUUGGUUGCCGGACCAUUGAUGCAAAAGGCAUCAGCCCUCAUGGAGUCACUGAGAGAGGACUACAUCACAUCAUCAAAGACAACGAGAGCCGAGCUGCGUCGUCCUCCACUACACCUGCCUUCCUUUCCACAUCCUGCCACGGAUCACCAGGGACCGUGCCUGUCUCUCACACAACAUUCACAGUUUAACACAGGACUAAACUGUAAUAGUUUACAGGUUCAGAUUAUUAUUAGUCAAGACAAAGUCAGAUUAAACUCUCCAUUUCAUAUUCAUAUGAACCAAAGAGGUUACAUACCGAGUCCCAUUUAUUUAUUGUGAGAUAUAGUUUGAUGAAAUCUGGUGAACAAUCAGGCUAUGAGCCAAAGAUCAAUUGACUAAUAUUUAGUAAUUUAGCCUUUUAAAGGUUUUGUAAACAUUGCAUGAUGUUUGUUCUUACCUUUUUCACUAAUUACUUUUGCAUAUUGUAGUCAGUUGAGAAAAAACGUGUUUAUUUUCUCAUGAUUGUCUACGUGUGCAUUUUGAUCUAAAGCCUGAAGCAAAUUAAAACAUUUUUCUAAUAAUAAAAUAGCUAAUUUAAGAUUGCAUAGUUUUUGUUGGAAGUAGGCUCUCUGGGUGCCUUUUAGUUUUAAAUGGAUAAUCAUUUUUUUCCUUUUGACCAUUUGGUACAUUCACAUACUUAUUCUAAAAAGUUCAAUUCUUGUGCUUUGAGUUUUGGUGGUGCAGUUAACUCUUAGUUUACAUUUUUAUUGCAAUAUGUUUCUUAUCGUCUUAACUGCAGUUCCUGAAUAUAAGAAUACAUUAAUAGUUUGUAUAUUUAGGAAUGUUGGUUAAUAGUCUUGCAACUUCUGUAUGCAGGCCUAACAGUUAAAGCAGUAUCUGAACUUUACUGCUGUUGUAAGUGUUUUCAUACAGUAAGACACUUUGUGAUUAUUUAGUAGUUUGUCACCCAAACGAGACCAUUCAUAAACAUUGUAAAUUCCUCCUUUUGGAAACUGUCUACUGAUGACGGACACGUGAGGGUAAGGGAUUUUUCUAAUCCAACAGAUGACCUGCAUGACAGCUGUUUAAUGAUAGUGCCUGGCGAUUUGGACACAAUAUCUACAGUUAAUAAUGAUAUUAACAUCAAAAAGUUGAUAUAGCAAUGAUGUAGAGAGCUGCCUAGUCGUUCACUUGUCACAACUCAAUUUCUGGCUGAUAUCAGUUAUUUCUACUGUUCCUGUUUUUUGGGCACUUCUCAGGCUCAUACUUUUGAGGCUGUGGUCCGUUAUAUGCAUAUGAAUAUACAUUUUCAACCUCUUAGUGUCAAAAUAAGCAUUGUGAUCCAUAUAAAUCAUAUUAAACUGACUGUUUAACCCGAGCCUACGUUACGUCCGUUUAGUCGGUUUUUGAUGCGAGAGUAAAAUAUCGGGGAAAAACUACUCCAGAUGUCGCUAUAGUGUAUAUUUGUGUAUAUUUUUAUGAAUUCAUACACAAUUUUCCUACACAUUGAGUAACAUGGUUUUGUGAUACAGUAGGUUGCGAUAAUGCUUCCUCUGGUUGCAAGUCGCCAUUAAAAAGAAGAAUGAAAUGGAAGUCAUUAUAAUGAAAAAAACCUAAAAAGCGCCAACUAUGUUGGUAAAGCCAAGACUUGCAAUAUAAUCUCAGACUUAACAAAGGAAUUAGGAUUCAAUGAGUGGGUUACAAGUCCAACCGUUUUAAUGCCAGCUGUACCACCAUGGUUACUGCCUCAGCCAGUUGAUUUUUCCAUAUCGAAACAAGUACAUCCAAGCAAAAAUGUAAUUAAUAUGCAAGCUAAUGUAAACCCUGCUUCAUGACAGUUGUGGGUAUUGUGUACAUUUAUUUACUGAUUGUUCUAAGACGCCAGAGAAUAGAAUAACAAGUUGUGCUUUAUAUUCCAUGAUUAAAAGUUAAGGUGUCUAAAAGAUGAACUCAUCCUUUAUCUGUGUAUACUGUAUAUUUCUGAAAGAUGGUGUUAAAACUCAUAUUCACAUAUCUACAACAAACUGGACUAAUAACAAGAAUGUAAGGAAAUAUAAAAAUUAAUACAGUAGGUGGCGCUAAUACUCUGACUGUUUGCAAGUCGCCAUUGAAAGAAGAAGAAGAAGAAGCGCCAACUCUCAGAAAAAGUUAAUGGCAACAUGGCAAGUCACACCGAUCAUCUGAAUCAGGCAGCAGCGUUAAUAAGUAGCAUAUUAACAAAUGCGCAGCAGGCUCCCUCACCCGCCGGGAGGAGUAACUUCCACUCGGUAGAUGGAGAGAUAGCCACUCUUUUCCGCCAGGCCAACUCCACCGAUAACGGCUCAAGGCCACAGCCGUCAUCAAAUCGUCAUAGAGUUCGGCAAAACUUUAGCUCAUGGGCCGCUGGAAGCAGGAGGAGGAGACCCACUUCUGUAGAGUACCAUGACUCUUUUAACAAGGAUGUCAUUCUACUCCCUGACCCCACAUGGGAGUUUGUAUGCAAGCAAAGGUCCAAGCACUUCUUGCAUGAAAAUGGUCACAUCCUCAGUGCAUUUGAGUUUCAUAAAUCCUGGAACCAGUCGACUGUAUUCCAACAGAUUCGGGAUGAGUUUAAACCCAGAAUUCCUGAUGAUGUGAGCCUGCAGUUUCUAAUGGCCUGUGGUAAUAAACUUGUGAAACCUAAACUAAAAGAAGGUCAAGAGUUGGAUGGUCACAUGCUCCAUAAGGUCUUCAGGUCAAAAGCCUUGUAUGUCAAACCAUCAGUUGCUAUUCUUCGUUACAACAGCGAUACUGAUGAUCAGUCCAGUGCUGCGCAGGAGGGUCCCAGCACUAGAUCCAAGUCAAGGGCCAAUCAGCUCAUAGAAGAGGGUGGUGCCGUUAUGCUGGAUGACACAGCCACCCCCAGCCUGCCACUCAACUGUGAUCUUCAGACCACAAUCUCUCCGCCUCAUACCAACAACUCCAGCUCCAGCUCUCUCCUACCCAAUCAAAAUGCCAGCGUUGAUCCAGUGACAAGUGUCACUAUGAUGACUUCAUCUGUCACAGUCUCCAGCUCGACCAGUGUCCCCACAUCUGACUAUUCGUCAUAUGUUACCUUAAUGAGAGAUUUCUCAGAUUUAUCGUCAGAUGAUGAGGACUUAAACCGUGCAAUAGUAGCUAGCCUUGAAACUGAACAAGCCCAGGCCACCCAGAUGCACAAUGCCUCUGCUAAGGAGAUCCUCUCAGAGUUGGCUGAGAAAAUCUCAACAAAUAUCCGCUGUAAAUUUAAUAUAAACCGCUCUGCAGUCUUGGAUGGUGCCUUCCGGGGUUUCAAUCGGGCCACGUACAACCCCAAUGCCACAAUGAACAUCAAAUUUUCGGAUGAUCUAGGGAGGAAUGAAGAGGCAGUGGAUUUGGGAGGACCAAGGAGGGAGUUCCUACGCCUUCUAAUGGAAGCGUUGAUAAUGAGCUCCAUGUUUGAGGGAUCCGCUUAUAGUCAGAAUCUGGCACUUGAUAUUGCAGCCCACAGAGAGGACCGCUAUUUCCUUGCUGGAAGAGCUGUCGCUGUCAGUCUUGUUCAUGGAGGGCCUCCACCUACUUUCCUCUCCACAACACUAUUUGACUGCUUGGCUGCAGGCAGCCAUACAACCAAGCCAGUGAUGGAGGACAUUGCAGACACAGACAUCUACAAUCAAGUGAAAAGGGUGUCCCAAUGUUCUACAUUUGAGGACCUCAUUGCUGCAACUCAACCGAUGCAGGAUUAUUUGGCUAACGCAGGGUGUCUUCGUCCACUGAGAAAGAUUGAGGACAAGGAACAGCUUGUUCGUGAUAUCAUCAUGUUUCAAGUUGUGCACCGGGUUGAAGCCCCAUUCCAAAGGUUCCAAGAGGGGCUUAAAACCCUUGGGGUUUUGGAGAAGCUCCAGAAGAACCCAGACAGCUUCCGCCCUCUAUUCUGCCACCAGCAAUCAGGACUGACUGCUGAGAUAAUGGAUGAUUUGUUCACCAUCCAUCUAUCUUCACCAGGCAGCAACAAGAGGAGAGCAGAGGAGGUAGUGGUUCCUUUCUGGAGAGACUACCUUAUUGAUGUGGAAGAUGAAGAGGGUCCUUCCAAACUUGAGAUAAUCCUUGCCUUCGCCACAGGAGCAACAGUGAUUCCACCAAUUGGCUUCAUCCCUACACCAUCUAUUGGUUUCCUACAUGAAGAGGAGUAUGGAGACUCUGCUGUGUCAAACCUUCCUAUCGCAAAUACAUGUAUUAACUGUCUCAAGCUGCCUUUGCACAGCUCCUACUCUGUGUUCAAGGACAAAAUGGACUUUGCCUUUGCCAAUACACACGGGUUCGGCAGAGCUUAAAUUGUUGUAGACAGAAUAAUGUUGUUAUACGGUAAAAACUGUUCGUUUGAUGACUUCUUUAGUAGCAAAGGAAGCAGUGGGAUCACUGUUAAGUUCCUGUAAUGUGAGAAUAUUUUAUGGAAAACAACCAACAUUUUAUUUUUACUUUUUUUUUAUUUAUUUCAAAGAUGGGAGCAGAGAACAAACUUUUUAUGACAUUUCAUUUGAAAUUGAACACAUCCCACAUGUUCUGUCUGAAUUGUUCAAGGCAUUGAGACCAGAUACAUUUUAGGGUAAGUAGCCUUACUUUAAAAAAAAGAAGCACUUUUCAGUGUUUGUGUGCAGUUGCAUAGGUCUCUGGUGUUCCUGCUUAAUGUGUAUUCUGUUACACUAUAUUAUAACCUUUGUAAAAUUGCAGUCAUGUAUGGUGUUGCUGGACAAAAUGCAAGAGAGAUAAAAAAAUAUUGAUCCCAAAGUUUCCAUCAUUAUGUAGUGGAUCAAACUGUUGCUGUAUUGCUUGAGCCAUCGUUUCAUUAACAGUGUUAAUAGCAGGUAUUAUGACAUUAUUAUUAGUUUGGACUUCGGGUAGAGGUCCUUCUUCAUCUAUCCCAUAAUAGUCAUUGGUAUAAAAAAUGGGAUCCACAGCUGUAUUUCCUUGUCCCAUAUAAUUAAUUACACCUGCAUGCCAGAGCUGUAGUGGAGUCCGACCUCCCCGUGUGGAGAGUCCAUGGUGGUUCCACUGAUUGAUGAACUCUGUUGUUGCUGUUCUAAUUCUAGGCAUAAAAACAUAAUGUAGACAAAACAAAUGAUACUCAUCUAGAGAAUCUAGUAUACGGACAGACUCCAUAUAAUUGAAAAGACUGAUAAAAUGUCUACUUACUACUCUAUUAAGUUCAGCCCAUAGCCUUUCAAUGCGUUGGUUGUGAACAGAGGAUCCUGCAACUACGCUUUGUCUAUUAAGUCCCCUUCUUUCAAGCAUGAAACGAGCAACCAUUAUGUUCUCCAUACCAUGAUCACAUCUUACUCUAGAUGGUAAUCCAAAAUUACCUACUCCACUCACAAACAAUGACAACACACUUGAUGCUCUGUUGUUAUCCAGACAGGUAAGAUAAAUGAUAGAACGACUAAAUCCAUCUACACAGCCAUGGAAAACUAUUCUCCAUCGAACCAACUUGUGGUUGCUGUCGAAAUGCCUGUAAAAUAGGAUAAAAAGAAAUUAAUUAGUAUAAUUGUAGGACGUUUACUAGGAUUCUAAAACCAAAGAACCAAGUUGACUUCUAGAAAAUCAGAAUGAGACUUCUGUGAAUGUGUAAUUAACCCUACAAGGGUUAAUCUUAUAUUAUUGAGUGAAAUACUCAAAAAAUAACUUCUCAUGAAGUAUAAAGUAAUUGAAGUAGAAAAGACACAACAUAAAUCAUAUUUAAACAUUUUAUAAUUAACCAAAUUAAGUUUUAAUGUUCUUACCACAACUCAUUAGAAGUCUGUACAUCAUAAAUGCGUCUGCGGAUAGCAUGCCUCCUACGAAUGGACCUCCCUACAGGGUCAACCUCGUGUAGACUCUGUCUUAUACGCCACCUUUGGAUCCUUAAUCCCCUUGAUCUGAGACUUCCGGUUAUAUAGGCCUCUCCAGCAUUCGGUGUCCUUUGAAGUACCUCAGUCACUAUUUGGUUCAACUCUUGAUUUGUCAAACCAUUGUACUGUAAACUCUGGAUUCCAAGGUGUUGUCUGUGUCUGUACAGGGUGCGGCGGCUGAUCCCAAAGCAAUUUGCAAUCGUUCUCCAGUUCAUUCCCAUUGAUAAGCAGUGUGAAAUUUGCUCAUUUGUAAUGCUAUAACGUGGACGGCCAGGCAAGUUAGUCACAAUAGUAGGUGGCAUCAUUCGACUGUUAGCAGUAACACUGUAUCUCUGAGUUGCCUCAUAUUCUGUCAGAAUGGUGUGCAAAUAUCCAUAUAAUGUCUCCAUCAUAACUAAAUAUUGUCCUUGGGUUGGGUCAUUACCAGUCCGGGAUUCCAUGAGAAGUUCUGAAAAUGUCCUUGUGUGAUGAUCAAGCUCACGAUAAAGUCUCCCCUGUUCAAAAUCAUCUCCCACUCUUUCUCUUCUAAUACAGUCAAUACAGUGUAGAGUUCUUCUCAAAAGGUUCUCAAUGUCUUCCUCAUUGCACUUUACAAUAAAUACUAAAUUCUGAAUUUGAAAAAGUA